CACAAAAUUUGAAAGCUAUUAUCAACAAUGUGGAAAUCUUGUAUGUUUAUAAUAAUUUUAUUUUCGUUUAUUUGUACAAAAAACGUUUACAGUUUACUUUGUUACGUGUCUGACUUUGAAAGCUUGAAACUGGGAAAUAUCAAGAAGUUGAAUCACACGUUGCGAGACCAUAAUUAUUAUAAUAACGAAGUGAAACAUUUAAGUCAAGAACUUCAAACACCGGAAAAUGUUACACUGCACUGUUACACUGUUGAGGUCAGUAGAGAUGUGGUCAUUAAGGGGUAUACGCAGAAAGGAGGUUGCAGAUUUUUAAUAGAUGUAGUCGAAAAUGUAGUCCAGAAAAAUAGAGGUCCUGAUCAAUCGGGAAUGACAAUAGGAAUGAUGGGAUGCACCGAGUGCAGCAGCGAUAAAUGCAACAGUGUAAUUUUAGGCUAUUUGCAAAUAGAACCAACACACUUUCCCACAUCAGAAGAACCCAGAGGUGUGAACUCCUUGAAGUGUUACUACUGUUUACACCCUUGUGAAAUAGGAGACGCUCGAGAAAAAAUAUGUGGACGGAAUAUUGGAAAAUCGCAUGAAGCAGUUUGUACAACAGAGAUAGCGAAAGAUAGUCGUUCUCCCACUCGAGCGGUCCGAAAAUGUCGAGUUGUCCAAAAAAAUCAACAACCUCCGUGUCCAGAUAAUUCUGUUUGCACGUCAUGUAAAAGUGAUUUGUGCAAUGAGAAUCUGGAGGAUGUAACAACAAUAACAGGUGUGAAUUCCUUGAAGUGUUACUACUGUUUAGACCCUUGUGAAAUAGCAGACGCUCGAGAAGAAGUAUGUGAACAGAAUAUUGGAAAAUCGCACGAAGCAUUUUGUACAACAGAGAUAGCAAAAGAUAGUGGUUCUCCCACUCGAGCGGUUCGAAAAUGCCAAGUUGUGGAAAAAAAUCAACAACCUCCAUGUCCAGAGAAUUCUGUUUGCGCGUCUUGUAAAAGUGAUUUGUGCAAUGGGAAUCUGGAAGAUGCAGCAACAAGACAAGGUGAUGCCAUAAAGUGCCACACUUGCGCCCCAGAGGCAUGUGAAGUAUCAAAAGCGACAGAAAAAACCUGUGGGCUAUCGAUUGGCUCUUCUCAAGAGGCCGUUUGUACAACUGAAGUUCCAAAAGGCAGCAAAACCCCCAACAUUGGAAUAAGAAAAUGCCAAAUUGUCGCAAAGGGCGCCGAGCCCAAUUGCCCUCCAACUUCAGACUGCACAACCUGCAAGAGCGACCUUUGCAAUUCAGCGCCCUCUACGAGCUCCAGGGUGGCAAUGAUUGGUGUUGUCACGGCGUUCGUCGCCGCGAAGUUUUUGUUAAAUUAAAUGUAAAGUAAUGAUUACACAUGUAAUAACUUAAGUAGAAUAAAUUAAGUCUAUGACGA